AUGGGAAUUGCAUCUGCACGAGUUCUUGCGAUUUUAUGCGCUUUGUCCUUCACUAGCCUUAUCAUUAAUCCACAUGGCCAGACCUGUUUCCUAAGUGCUGUGCUUGCCGAUUCUGGCAACCCAGGAAACCUCUACUCCACGCUCGGCGUGAAGCGCAAUGCAAGCCCAACAGAAAUCAAAAAGGCCUACAGAAAGCUCUCCAUGAAAUUCCACCCCGAUAAAAAUAAAAGCCCAGAUGCGGAAUCAAAGUUCAGGGAAAUAUCAUACGCAUAUGAAGUUUUGAGCAAUGCUGAACAAAGGAAGGUCUAUGAUGCCCAGGGCCACGCAGGACUGGAAAGACUGAAGCAGGGAGCAGGCCAGGAUUCAGGUCAUCCGUUCGACGUGUUUUCUGAAUUCUUUGGGGGCUUUGGUGGUUUUGGGGGAUUCGGCGGCCGUAGUGGCCCUCGGGAGAUCCCACAAGCCCCCAGCAGCAUUAUGAAGCUGCCCGUUACCCUGGAGCAGCUGUAUGAUGGUACAACUCUGGAGUUUCGUUUUUCUCGUCCUGUACUCUGCAUCAACGCUGACGAGUGCAUGAUGAAAAAAAAAGACUGCAAGGGCCCGGGCAUUCGCGUCAUUACGCAGCAGAUGGGUCCUGGCUUCAUCGUGCAAAAUCAAAUUCAAGACGACUCUUGUCUAGAUCAAGGACGUGCAUGGAUAAAGGGGUGCAAGGAUUGCCCAAGCGGCAUUACGGAGAUGGAGACAAUAGACCUGAACGCAAGUGUGGAGAGGGGGAUGCAAAAUGGCGAGAAAAUUACAUUUGAAGGAAUGGGUGAAAAUCGCGUGGGCCACGAACCGGGAGAUCUGAUCCUUAUAGUGGAGGAGCUGCCACAUUCCCGGUAUGUCAGGAAAGGCCUGGAUCUGCACAUGACGGUGCGGAUUGACCUGAUACAGGCUUUGGCUGGGUUUGAAUUAGAUUUCGAGCAUCUCGAUAAGAAAAAGGUGCGAUUGCAAAAGUCCUCCGUAACUCACGAUGGCGAAGUCAUGAGAGUGAAGGGCAAAGGAAUGCCAAAGAACCACUCUGCCACUGCGUUUGGGGAUCUACAUGUUACGCUCAAAGUGAAAUACCCUCGGGCACUCAGUGAUAAGCAGAAAAAGCUCAUCAAAGAGGCAUUAGCUGGCGUGACUAUGGAGGCCUUCGACUGA